GAAGCUAACGUUAGCUCUUCCUGCAGUGUUAUGAGUUGAGGAAGACUGAAGUGCUGGGAAUGCAGCCACCGCUGCCACCUGAAGCCGUCAGAGAGCUGGUGUGCUCCUGUCUGCACAGAGACCCAGUGGCAGCAGACCUCCGCUGCAGCCUGUUUGUUGCUGCUGCACAGAACUACAAGAGGGACUCUUUGCUCAGACCCUUCCCGCCUCGAUACAUAAGUGGUGAUAAUAAGGACUUUGAGGAGUUGCUGGCAGAUGUGAACUCAUUGCCUGGUGUGAGAGAGCUGGUGAGGCUACGACCCAGAGAAGGAGAUCAUCAUUUGGCUCUCACACACUGGAUUCUGUCUUCAAAGAGCUUUGCUGUAAAGACACUACAAAAAGAUGAGUAUUCCAAGCUGUGUAACCUGACAGAAAAUGAAGGAAUCUCUGCGCCUGUGCCGGACUUCCUCUUUGAGCUGGAGUACUCCGAUCAGAUGAACGCCAGGUUUGAGAGGACAAGAGAAGGACGAGAUGUCUUCUAUGCAUUCCAUGGGAGCCGCCUGGAGAACUUUCACUCAAUCAUUCACAACGGGCUGCACUGUCACCUCAACAAGAACUCAGUGUUUGGAGAGGGGACCUACCUCACCAGCGACCUCAGCAUGGCUGUUCUCUACAGCCCUCACAGCAACGGCUGGCGAGAAAGCAUCCUGGGUCCACAACUCAGCUGUGUCGCCUUGUGUGAAAUCAUUGAUCAUCCAGAUGUGAAGUGCCAGGUGAAGAGAAAAGAUUCUGAAAUCAUCGACCGCCAGCGCUCGAGGGCAAAGAACAGCGAGGGAGGGGAUGUACCACAGAAAUACUUUAUAGUCACCAACAAUCAGCUUUUAAGAGUCAAGUACCUGCUUGUUUACUCUCAGAGGAGGCACCUGUCCAGACAUUCCCGCACACAUUUCGCCGUCAUGAUGAGUCUCUACCUGCUCCUGCUCAUAUUCAUCGGUGCCUUGAACUCCACCACCUUCGUAUCCUUUUGGAACAGACUAUUCAGGUGACAGCGCGACAGACGGCCUGGAUGUUCGCUAUCCGCAGUGCCUUCCUGAUCAGUGAUUGACUGGAGGCCUGAGCAAAGACACAGUUUUAUGCACCUUUCUACUGUUUUCUCUUCUCUCUUUCUUUUCUUUAUUUGUAUAAUUACUGUUGUUCCAGGAUAGCAUAUCUUUUCAAAUAGCAGCUACGAGGAUCCUGUUGUGUUUUGCUGAAAUGUGCAUUUUAAGAAUGUUUUGCGAUGCUUCCUCUGUUAUUCGUUCGGUUGAGUAAACGUUUCGUAGCUAAUCUCUGCUACUGUGUGGUUUGAGUGCUCAGAGGACACAGUUUUACUAACCACAGGGGGAGAAAAGAAAAAAAAAAAGCUGCACAUCACAAUCAUCUUGUUUAAAUAGUUGCACGACGUAUGCUUCCUGGAUCUGUUUUAUUUCCUUAAUUUAAGUACUGAGGAUUUCUAUCACUGACUGUUCUGACUCGUUAAUAUCACUGAUUCAUCUGUUCAGCAGACACUAAUGACUAAAGUUCCACUUCAAAUGCUUAUUUUUUAAUUGAGUGACUUUGUAUCGCUCAGUGUCUUUUGGAAAUAAAUAAAUCAGGACAUUUUUAAACCUCA